CAAAGCAAACAAGAAAGGUUGGUGAACAACAUUGCCAAGCCCAAUUCUCUAGCACUCUCACACGGGAGACGCGUUUUGGGGUACUUUGCUCUUCUUUUACUGAAAUGUGUUACUAUGCCUCACAAACAUCUGAAGGAUUUGAAGAGGCUAGGAAUGCAUUUUUCACUAUGACAUGUCGGGUGAAGCAGCUUUGCAUGGCCAAGGGAACUAAUGUUGAUGAAGGAAAAAGUUCACUGCCGCCAUUUGGGGUUGGGGAUUCAAAAGUAGUGAACACGAAGGGGAAUACUGGGGGAUCCUACAUGGCUAAACCUCGAAAGCCAAGGCGAUGCCAGUGUUGCAGGGUCGUCGGCCACACAAGGAGAACUUGCCCCCAAAACGAUCAUAAAACGGGACAAGUGGGUAGCAAUUUGUUUGAGGAAUAGGAUGAUUAUGAUCCAAUUGGUACUCUCACCCCUUUUACACCGAAGC